GCAUGCAAGUCAUCGUACACCGUCGAGCGUGUGGUAGCAUAACCGACUUGAGACUUGAGUACAGCAGAAAUCAUCUAUUUUCGACUCUUUUAACAUCAUCUUCAAGAUGGCAUUUGCAACGAAAGUAAUCUCCCGUAGUAUGGUAACAUCUGCAGCAAGAAUGGCAGCUAUUAAGAAUGUCACAAUCAUAGGUGGAGGUCAAAUGGGUGCCGGUAUUGCUCAGGUAGCAGCACAGAGUGGACAUGCAGUCACUGUUGUGGAUCUGAGUCAAGAUGUCUUGGACAACUCCAAGGCCUACAUCCAGAAGAGCUUGGCCCGUGUCGCUAAAAAGAAAUACGCUGAAGACCCAGAUGGCGGCAAAGAGUUUGUGAACUCCAUCUUGGGAAAUAUCAGUAUGGUUACCGAUGUGGAGGGCCCGGUGGGCACAGCAGACCUUGUGAUAGAAGCCAUCAUUGAAAACAUCAAGAUCAAACAAGACCUCUUCAGCAAGUUAGACAAAAUAGCACCAGCAAACACAAUCUUUGCAAGCAACACAUCAUCAUUACAAAUCUCAGACAUCGCCAGUGUAACGUCAAGAAAAGACAGAUUUGGUGGACUUCAUUUCUUCAAUCCAGUAUCCAUGAUGAAACUAGUUGAGGUGGUGAGAAUAAACGAUACAAGUGAUGAGACGUAUAACAGCCUUAUGGAUUUCUCAAAAGCUGUUGGCAAGACACCAAUCACAUGCAGAGAUACCCCAGGCUUUGUUGUGAACAGGUUGCUCGUACCAUACAUGGGUGAAGCAAUAAGGAUGGUAGAAAGAGGUGAUGCUACCAUGAGGGAUGUGGACAUUGGUAUGAAGCUUGGAGCAGGUUAUCCCAUGGGACCAUUUGAGCUGGUGGACUACGUUGGUGUAGAUGUUAUCAAGUUUAUUCUGGAUGGAUGGAGCGAAUCUUUCCCCGAUGAGCCUCUCUUCAAACCGAGCAAGAUGAUCAAUGAGCUGGUAGCAGAAGGCAAGCUCGGUGUGAAAACGGGCGAGGGUUUCUACAAAUACAACAAAUAAAGAGAUCUAUUCAUUAUACAUUCCUUGGGAGCAUUUCACGAAACAAAAUGUCAGUGAUUUUCACAGACUCUUGUUAUAAGCUACUAUAAACGACUUCAUCUGAUUUGAUGAGAGUGAAUUAGCUAGUGAAAGUCACUGAUUUUUGUUUCAUGGAAUGCGCCCCUUAUAUUGCACUCUAAAAACAGUCCAUGUCUGGAAGACUUGGGGUGUUUAUAGAAAGUUGUCAGCACUGACUGUUACCAUAGUCACAGUUAGAGACCAAAGCUUCUCAGCCAAUCAAAACCAAGGAUAUCAAUGACAUUGUCAGAGCUGACAAGUUCCUUUAAACGCCCUACAGGACCUUGGUACAUGCUGGUUAGAAGAUGACAGGUUGUGGCUGGGUCGAUAAACCCUUGUAUCUCAAAAUUUAAAUAUUUUGAUGACAGCUCAGAAUAAGAUAGAUCUUUAUAGAGUAAUAACAUGGGUAGCAACCUUCUUUUGCCUCAAAAGAGUUCUUCACAGGUAUCAGGAGACUGUUUUCAGACAAUAUGAGACUGCCACCAUUGCUAUAUUUUUAAAAUGCAGCCUUUUUUAAGCUGCUCUAAUUUUUUUUUUUUUUUAAAUACGAGGUUUUAUCAGCCCUGCCACAACGUAUGGGUAACUUCAUAAAAUAUGGAUGUCCGACCCACUGUAUGUGGGACCUUUGGUUGGUUUGGACUCUGUUUUAUACGUGUGAAUAUGGCAUCAGACCUUGCAAUCUAGUCUUAUUUGAAGUGCCACAGUGUUUCAUCUUUCACCUUUUUCAAUCAAUUAUAAAAAUUAUAAAAUAAACUCACAUUGAGUUUUGCUCCCUUUAAUCCAAGAAAUACAUUAUUGUGUGAUUUUAGAAUGCAACAAGCAAUAACUCAAAGAGUAUAUGUUUGCACUUUUGUUUGUGUUUGUAAUUUUUGUUUUCAUGAUUUCAUGAAUAUAAGUUGCAAUGAUGAUAAUUAUAUUAGGACAAUUCCAUAUUAAAUAUCAGCCUUUGUUUUCGUCUGACCCACAUUUUUUUCCAUUCUUCACAUCUUGGACUGCUGAAAGCAUGAUAUUGUGAAAACAUUUCAAUCUCUUAUAUGAACUAAAAAGUAGUGACAGACCACAUCAGAAAGGUUCAACACAUGGGGGUAGGGCAUACAUGCUUUUUAGAAUUGCCCAUUAAUUACUAUUGCUUACAUUGUGCCUACAUGUAACACUUACAGUAAAUGAUAACAUAUUUUUGUAAACACUGAAUUAUUUUGAGCCUGAAAUCUUUGUAAUUUUAUGAGAACUAAUGCUAAUUAUGUAUAAUAAUUAACAUCAUUUAUAUAGCGCUUAUCACAAAGAAUGUCUCUAAGCGCUUAAGGAAAAUAAAUAGGAAGACAAGAAAUUUCAGCUAAAAUUAAACUAUACAUGUUGAAAGUUGAAAGUAGACAGUUGAAGUAUGUAGAGUAUGCAACCCAGUGUCUCAAAUCUGUCUACAUGCCAUCUUCAAAACCACCUCCAUCAGAUAAAUAGUGCUGGGGGUGUUUCACAAAGAUUUAAGUAUGACUUAGAGCCGCACUUAAAUGCAUAGUUGCGCUGGGUAUAAAAGGCUUGACCGCAUUGGUCAGAUCAUGCCAAGAGGAUGCGCACUACUGCGUAUUGAUCAAUAAGAUUGCGCGUUGCAUAUCAUGUACGCGUAGGGAUUUAAGUGCGAUUUAAGUCAUACUUAAAUCUUUGUGAAACACCCCCCUGGUAGUGUUUAUGGUGCAAAAGGUUCUCAUUCAAUUUGCAUAAUUUUACCUUUUGAUAUUUAUACCAAAAAAAAAACACAAAUAGAAAGGAAAAACUAAAUAAAAGCAAUACAAUCACAGUUAUAUCUUGUAGAAGAUAUUUUUUAAAAUUGAUCUGAUGUGGUUUUGAAACCUCAAUUCACGUAUUCCUUAUAUUUGUCUUUCUUUUAAAGUUGCAUGAGGGUUAAUGUUUUAUGAUCAAAUUUAUUUCACAUAUCUUAGAUAUGUGUAUUUAUGCUAAGAAAAUACAAUCUCUGUUUUUAGUCAUUUUUUUGGUUCAAUUUUCAUACAGUAUUAGUUAUCUGAGCGCUUAAGGUUUCUUCUGAUAUAUUUCUUUGAAUGCGAUUCAGAUUCUUGAAAUGAGAAAGGCAUCAAGUCAUCUGGCAAACGGGUAAUCUCAAUGUCUUGUAACAUGAAAUUAUGAUAUUUAUUAUAAUCAUUGUAAUAACAGUGAUAAAAGAAGUAUUCAUGUCUUGUAUAUCACCACUUAACUUCUCUAUGGGCUUCCAAAGGGGCCUUUGAUAUUAUCAACCUGACUUUAGCCCCGGCAGGCCUUUUACACUGCACAAGUAUUUCAAGGAAUAAAUUCCUGCUAUUAACUUGUAAUUACAAGUUAAAUGAGAUUACUAGAACAACAUACUUGCUUAACGUGGUGUUACUAUUGCUGACAGAAUAUGAAAUGAAAUUGAGUUUGAUUUAACGCUUUUAUUGUUACCAGUAUAAAUGCAUGAUUUGGAUGUUACUGGAUUCGAUUAGAUGCAUCUUUAAUGAAGCUCAUGUAUUCACUUUUUUUUAUACUGGAAGUAUGCAGGGUAUGAUUAUUAAAGGUCAAGUCCAACUCAGAAAAAGGUUGAUUUGAAUUGAUAGAGAAAAAUCAGACAAGCAUAAUGCUGGAAAUUUCAUCAAAAUCGGAUGUAAAAUAAGAAAGUUAUGACAUUUUAAAGUUUCGCUUAUUUUUCACAAAAUAUACAUGCACAAUUUAGUCACAUGCAAAUGAGAGAAUCAAUGAUGUCACUCACUAUUUCUUUUGUUUUUUAUUGUUUGAAUUAUACAAUAUUUCAAUUUUUACAGAUUUGACAAUAAGGACCAACUUGACUGAACCAUAAAAUGUUAAACAAUGGUCAUUCCACAUGUCCAGGGAGAAAUAAAACUUUGUUCCACAGGACAAUGCAGAGAAAAUUGGAAUAUUUUGUAUAUCAUAUAAUGAAAUACAAAAGAAAUAGUGAGUGAGUGAUGUCAUCAGUUCUCUCAUUUGCAUACCAACCGGUAUGUGCAUAUAACUGUUUUGUGAAAUUAAGCGAAACUUUGAAAUUUCAUAACUUUCUCAUUUUACAUCCAAUUUUGAUGAAAUUUUCAGCAUUGUGCUUGUCUGAUUUUUCUCUAUUUAUUAAAAUCAACAUUUUUCUGGGUGGACUUGACCUUUAAAGGCUUCAAUUAUACUUUUCCAUUGAAAGAUUAACUUUGUUCCUGAUAGUAUUCAAAAUUAUCUCAGGAUGAUUGCAAAUGGGUGUUUAUUAUGCACCUAAGAAUUGUGGUUUGUUGCAAAUAGGAAAGCAUUAGAAUCACCAAAACGAUGAUGAUAAAGAGUAAUUUCACUAUUUCUGCUUACAUCCAUGUUCAUGCUCUCUACACAGAAAGGCAUGUAUUGGACUAAGCGCUAAUGGCCACCCCGACCGGUCCAUCUGUGUGAUGAAUACGAUACUCAGGUCCAUUUGAAGACUAGUCCAGCCUUUGCAAAAUACAAUUGUUUAGCUCACAGUGAUUAUUUAUAGCUAUCUUUAUCAGAACUCUAUGUUCUAUUUCGCUCAUUUUCUCCCCCCCUCCCCCUUCUCUCUCUUACUUUAUUAUACAUUUUGAUUUAUCCUUGUUGCAUGUUUAUGAUUACCAGACCGAAUUAUGAAUUUUGAGACACUGAGAUGAAAGCGUUAAUGGAAAUCCGUCUUUAUUCACUGGAAAAUGUUUUGAUGUUUUAUUUCUGUUAUGAUUUGUGCCUAGAUUUUAUCAUAUUUGAUCAAAUGUCAUUGAAUGUGUGAAAUAAUAUUUCAAUAAAGGAAAUAAAAAAAAACUUUCAGUGCAUUAAA